GAAGUCAUUUUGAGGACGUGUUGUUGUCUUGCUACCACUCUUUCGAUUUCUAUCUUCUUUCUCACCGUCCACGAUCUCACGGUGAACGCAAUGCGACCGUUGGUGACCUCCUGAACCCUACCUGCGCAGCUGCGACGAAGCCGUCGACCCACCUUCGACCUUCGCGGUCUGAACCUCAGCCGCCAUGGCGACGACAAGCUCCAUGUUUAUGUAUAGUUUGACGAUACAACCACCGUCAGCUAUUACUUCAGCAGUCUUGGGUCAAUUUGCCGGUACAAAAGAGCAACAGAUCAUCACAGCAUCUGGCUCGAAGCUCACCAUACACAGACCUGACCCUACUCAGGGUAAAAUCUCCCCGUUAUUCACUCAAGACUGCUUCGGCAUCAUCAGAACACUAGCUUCAUUCCGGUUGGCUGGUGGCAGCAAAGACUAUCUGAUAGUUGGAUCUGAUUCCGGACGCAUCACCAUCCUCGAGUAUGUCCGCGAACAAAAUCGCUUCAACCGCGUACACCUCGAAACCUACGGAAAGUCGGGCAUUCGUCGAGUCAUACCCGGUCAAUAUCUAGCCGUCGAUCCGAAAGGGAGAGCAUGCCUCAUUGCGUCGGUGGAAAAGAACAAAUUGGUCUACGUCUUGAACAGAAAUGCACAAGCUGAGCUCACCAUAUCAUCGCCUUUGGAAGCCCAUAAGCCACAGACUCUGGUCUUCGACUGUAUAGCACUCGACGUUGGCUACGAGAAUCCCAUCUUUGCAGCAUUGGAGGUAGAUUACACGGAGGUCGACCAAGAUCCGAGUGGUCAAGCAUUCCAAGAGGUGGAGAAGCUUCUGGUCUUCUACGAGCUCGAUUUAGGUCUGAACCAUGUCGUCCGCAGAUGGGCCGAACCCGUCGCUCGAGAUGCUUCAAAAUUAUUCCAGGUCCCUGGUGGCUCGGAUGGUCCCAGUGGUGUUCUUGUGUGCGCGGAGGAUAACAUCACGUACCGACACUCAAAUCAGGAAGCUUUCCGCGUGCCAAUUCCCCGACGAAGAGGGAUCUUGGAGAAUCCAGAGCGAAAACGGCACAUCGUGGCUGGCGUCAUGCACAAGAUGAAGGGCCAGUUUUUCCUCCUACUACAAACCGAAGACGGUGAUCUAUUCAAGGUGACGAUAGAUAUGGUUGAGGAUGACAACGGUCAACCUACAGGCGAAGUCAAGGCUCUGAAGAUCAAGUACUUCGACACAGUGCCUGUUGCCAAUAGUCUGCACAUCUUGAAAAGUGGCUUCCUUUUCGUCUGCGUUGAGGCAGGGAAUAACGAGUUCUACCAGUUUGAGAAGCUCGGAGACGAUGACGAAGAGACCGAAUUUACGAGUGACGAUUUCCCUUCAGAUCCCACAGAAGAUUACACGCCAGCAUAUUUCCAUGUACGCCCCUUGGCCAACCUCAACCUCGUCCAAAGCAUUGAUUCAGCAAAUCCUCUAAUGGAUUGCAAGGUGGCGAAUUUGUUGGACGAAGAUGCCCCUCAGAUCUACUCGAUAUGCGGUGCGGGAGCACGAAGUAGUUUCAAGACUCUGAAGCAUGGCUUGUCCGUUUCCGAGAUCGUGGAGUCAGAGCUCCCUGAUAGGCCCGAAGCUGUCUGGACUACAAAGGUGACAAGGGAGGACGAAUACGACGCUUACAUUAUCUUGUCUUUUAAAACAGGUACUCUUGUUCUCAGCAUAGGAGAAACUGUCGAGGAGGUCACUGAUACCGGCUUUUUGUCAACUGCUCCUACCCUUGCGGUACAACAACUUGGUGAGGACGCGUUGGUCCAAGUACAUCCGAAGGGUAUUCGACAUAUUCGAGCGGAUAAACGGGUCAACGAAUGGCCUGCACCUCAACAUCGGUCGAUUGUUGCUGCGACCACGAAUGAACGACAAGUUGCUGUUGCUCUGAGUUCUGGUGAAAUUGUCUAUUUCGAAAUGGACACAGACGGUUCUCUGGCCGAGUAUGACGAGCGAAGAGAAAUGACUGGGACAGUAACUUGUCUUAGCUUGGGCGACGUACCCGAGGGCCGUGUGCGGAGCUCGUUUCUAGCCGUUGGCUGCGACGACUCGACCGUCAGAAUCCUCAGCUUGGAUCCGGACUCGACACUAGAGAAUAAGUCAGUGCAGGCACUGACUUCAGCUCCUUCAGCCUUGUCCAUAAUGGCCAUGGCCGAUUCUACGUCGGGUGGGACGACAUUAUACCUUCACAUUGGGCUGUAUUCUGGCGUCUAUCUCCGGACGGUCCUGGACGAAAUCACUGGAGAGCUGUCGGAUACCAGGACACGAUUCCUAGGGCUAAAGCCAGCCAAGCUUUUCCGCGUCUCGGUCAAGGGGCAGAAUGCUGUAAUGGCGUUGAGUUCUCGGUCAUGGCUUGGCUAUACCGACACGCAAACGAACGGCUUCAUGCUGACGCCUCUGGAUUAUAUUGGCCUCCAGUAUGUCUGGAAUUUCACCAGCGAGCAGUGUCCGGAGGGGAUGGUUGGAAUUCAAGGUCAAAACCUCAGGAUAUUCACCAUUGAAGAUCUGUCCCGAAACUUGCUGCAAGAAAACAUCCCACUUCCAUACACUCCCCGAAAAUUCGUCAAGCAUCCCGAUCAGCCCCUGUUCUACGUAAUCGAGGCCGACAACAACGUACUUGCACCAACAACGCGGCAAAAACUGCUUACUGAAUCCACUGCAGUGAACGGUGAUGCUGUUGUUCUGCCACCUGAAGAGUUCGGAUAUCCCCGGGGGACCGGUCAUUGGUCCUCUUGCAUACAGAUUGUCGACCCGGUUACGACGAAAUCGGUUGUCUUUACACUGGAGCUGGAAGACAAUGAGUGUGCCACAAGUAUCACCGCGGCGCCCUUCGCAGGCCAGGACGGCGAGACAUUUUUAGUCGUUGGUACUGCUAAAGACCUGGUUGUAAGCCCAAGAUCCUUCUCCGCCGGGUUCCUCCACGUGUACCGCUUCCACGAGGAUGGCAAGGAGCUGGAAUUCAUCCACAAGACGAAGGUUGAGCAGCCUCCGACAGCUCUUCUUGCAUUCCAAGGACGGCUUCUUGCCGGUAUUGGCUCGGACCUUAGGAUCUACGACCUAGGCAUGAAGCAAAUGCUGCGCAAGUGUCAAGUACAAACCUCCAACGUUAUUGUCGGCCUUCAGACCCAGGGAAGCAGGAUCAUCGUCAGCAACGUGCAAGAAAGCGUUACCUACGUCGUGUACAAGUUCCAAGAAAACAAGCUCAUCCCCUUUGCGGACGAUGUUAUUGCUCGUUGGACAACAUGUGCCACUAUGGUGGACUACGAGACCGUCGCAGGGGGUGACAAGUUUGGUAAUCUCUGGCUUCUGCGGUGUCCGCCCAAGGCGUCGGAAGAAGCCGACGAGGACGGCUCCGGGGCGCACUUGACGCACGAAAGACAAUACCUCAGCGGCGCGCCGAAUAGGCUCAGUCUAAUGGCGCACUUCUUCCCGGGCGACAUUCCUACCAGUGUUCAGAAAACCAAUCUAGUGGCUGGCGGUCGAGAUGUCGUGUUUUGGACAGGCUUGCAAGGCACACUGGGAAUGCUCGUGCCAUUCGUUGGUCGUGAAGAUGUCGAUUUCUUCCAAUCUCUCGAAAUGCAACUUGCUUCAACAAAUGGCAACCCGCCGCUUCUCGGCCGCGACCAUCUCAUUUACCGGUCAUAUUAUGCGCCAUCGAAAGGGAUUAUUGACGGUGAUCUUUGCGAGACGUAUUUCCUCCUGCCGAAUGAUAAGAAGCUAAUGAUUGCGGGCGAACUGGAUCGCUCGGUCCGUGAGAUCGAGCGAAAGAUCUCGGACAUGAGGACGAGAGUGGCAUAUUAACACGGCAUGAUGGUGCCAAACGUGUAAUUGAUCUGAACAGGGCAUGAAAAGCGACUGAAUGAUACCCGGGUUAUGCUGGUGGCAUUGUUUUUACAGUAAUGAUAUGCGGCCUGGGCACCCUUGUCCAUCCUCGAAGAUGAUCCUACCCACUCUCUCCGUUUGAAUUCAGUUACUAUUCCUAACGUCUCUUGCCUCGCUCGAUCGAACGUUUUUCAGUCGAUCGAUCUUGAGCUGGAUGCUGACCGUUAUAUUCAUAACAGUCGAGCAUGAGACAAGAACAAUCGCACCAAGACUUGCCGAUUUUUGAGUACGAGUCCAUCUCUCAGAUGGUGGAUCAUCGUAAUUUAUACGGCAUGACAUGAAUUUUAUUCCCAACGUUGAGGUGUUGUGCACUACAAAGUCAGGACCUACGGCGGCGGGUUAAGGUCUAAUCCUUC